AUGGCCAUGAUCCGCACCAUGAUUUCCAUCUUCUUUUUGAGCUCCGUUGUGUCGGUGAGCGCCAUGUUCAAGAAGGGCUCGAAGCAGCUCGUUGAGGACCAUCUCGAUGGUCAGAUGCCUGUUGCCACCAAGCUGGAGAAGAAGGAGGCACCGCAACCAGAUGCCCAUGUGGCGCUGCAGCAGAAGAAGGAUUUUCCCAGCCUGCCGCCUCUGGGCAACAUCGGUGACAUCAUCAAGAGUGCCCAGGAUGCCGUCAACAAGACCAUCGAGGCUGGCAAGGAGGCUGUGGAGGGCGCAGUCGAGGGCGCCAAGGACGUGGCGCUGGAUGUCCUGGAGGCGGGCGCUGGGAAAGUGAACGAGACUUUGGACGUCCUGGGUGGCGAGGUCCUGGAGGUCAAUUCCACAGCUGCUGGUGCCAUGGCCGAGGUGAAAGCCAAGGUUCACAUGGCGGAGAACAAGGCUGCUGCCUUCGUUGACACGGCCAAGGAGCUCCUGCAAACGGUGCUGCCCAAGUUUGAGAAGCUCGCCGAUGGUCUCCACCAGGCUAUUGGCGUGGCUGACCAGGCAUUGGACACUAUGGGCGAGGAGCCGGCCGCAAAGAAGCUGGAUGAUGCCAUGUCACCUGUCUUCGCCACUGUGGACGGCUGGACACUUUCAGCCCAGGAGGUGAUGAAGACCCUGGAUGCCAGCAUCGCCGAUGGUGCCGAGGAGGGCUCCAACGCAAGCAAUGCCAGCAAUGUCACCAAUGCUUCUCUCCUGGCUGUGGACCCGGCGACCAAGCUGGCAGACGCACUUCGCGACCCCUUGGCCGGUCUCUCCCUGGCUGCUGGCCAGCUGCACGGCCUGGCAAACAAGACCUUCGAUGCCAUGAACAACUUCGUGGACGCCGGGAUCGAUGCUGCGUCUGGCAAGCUGCCAAACGACCUGCUGUCCAACUUCUCCGACAUCCUCGAGGGAGUUCAGGAGAAGGCCCGCCUGGAGUUGGAGCCUUUGACCACGGUCGGCGACGAGAUCGUCGAUGGCCUCUACGAGACUGCGCAGGAGGCGGGCGUGAACGUGAAGCCGCGAUCCGGUGCCAGCCGUGGCGGUCUUGCGCUGAUCUCCCUGGCCGUGGGAGCACUUGCGACAUUUUGA